AUGCCGCCCAAGAUUUGGUAUCUGCAGAUCUUGGAUGUGUCCACGUCGGUGUGUCUGUACAGCAAGCAAUGGCAUUGGAACGAAGGCGCAAGAGUCGAAGGAUUGCGAGCCCUCGUGCACAGCUUCGCCCAAUUCGCCCGAGAAAUUGAUGGUGGACCAGUGCAGACAGUUCACUUUGGGCAGACGCUGUCCAUGCCCUUGGCUGGAUCAGCCGCCUCCAGCAAAGCUGCGACGUCGGCGGCAGCACGGCGAUACUCCACGUCACUGCGACAGAACUUGCUUCAGUCUCGAACGUCGAACUCUGGUUCGAACUACGGCACCACUCCCGCCGCGGCUGCGUUGUCGAUCAACACGUCAAGUCCGCCUUCUAUGAGCUCGUUCCAUUCUGUAUCCCCGCAGUCGUCGCCCAUUGUGCAUUCCCCACCUUAUGCAGCAACCAGUCAGAGCCUGCAUCCGCACAAGUUGCAAAUGCUGUCUGUGGAAAACGAACAUUUCCAAGUCGUGUUGUUCCAUGAUGUCCACAACGACGACGUCCGCGGCACGGCGCACAUCCUACUGGAUUCGUUCACGACCAAGUUUCAACAGUCCAAAGAGUACGACGCAGCCAAGCCAAUCAUCCAAAGCCUCAUGGACAAGGACGAGAACCGCCAUUUACUCGGCCUCUUCCAGCGAUUUGACCCGGUGGUAGAUGAUGUGGUUCACACAGACGUUACCGCCGUGGAUGGUAUUGUAGUGUCUGGUGUCGACGGAAUCCAGUCGGCACAGCUUUAAACCUGCGAUGAUGCUAGUUUUUGGCUAACGU